CGUGAGUCACCAACUCUCUCUUGACCAAAUUACGAGAAAGGACAAAAGAAACUCGAAAAAAUGUGUUCCCAUGGCUAAACCGACUCUGCUCCGGCAACCCUAGCUUAAGUUCUUCUUUCUCACAUGAACACUUUCGAUUCCUUCUCUGCCGUAGAAUCGAGCAUGGAAGACGAAUCCAACCACCGGAACCGGAGUAGGAUCCGGGCCCGAACCCGAUCCAAACCCACCGCGGCCUCCAUUGUCGUCUCUGAUGGAGAAGAGGAGGAUGGUGACCCCGAGCUGUGGAAGAACUUCAACCAGAAUUUCGGGCUGGUCCAGACGGUUCUGGAUCGGAACAGAGCGCUGAUUCAACAGGUCAACGAGAAUCACCAGUCUCGAAUCCCAGGCAACAUGGUGAAGAACGUGGCUCUCAUCCAGGAGAUCAACGGCAACAUUACGAAAGUCCGUUCGCUCUACUCCGACCUCGGGUCCAACUUCACAACCUACUUUCACGACAACAAAUCUCAGAACGGAGGAUGAAGUACAAGACCCUCUUUGGGUUUCCUCAUCAUUCCAUAGACGUAAUAAGGGUUAGGGCGGAUCACUAUGGGACUUCUAACUUUUCUGUUCAAGCCGGUAAUGAGGUAUAUACUCUUGUUUGUUCAUAUUCAUUGCUAACGAAGUGUAUUGAUAUUCAAAUUAGGUUUGGAGUACUACUUAACGCGGAAGAAGUCUGUUCUUAAAGGCGAAAGAUAGAUUGGUGGACAGUAGAUUAAAUUAAUGUCGAUUAUGUAAUUGAGUUAGGACUAGACUUUAAGGAGUUCAAAUAAGUGUUGGCAAUGGUAAAUAUAAGUGCCUCAUAUGUACUGCUCGGAACUCCUUUUAGACCAAUAUGAGGGAGAGGAUUCAACGUUUUCCCCAUGGAAGAAAUUAUUCAAGAUUGUUCAAGAUCAAGGCUAUGUCUAAUGAUAAAUAAACCCGUAUUUGGGAAUCUCGGAAGCAAACUGUGGACCAUAAUAAUAUACCUUUAAAUUGAAGUUUUUCCAUACAAAAAGUGGAGAACAGAUCA